GGCAGCUGAGAGCAGAAGAGUUCAUAUUAGCUAUGCACUUAACUGAUAUGGCCAAAGCUGGGCAACCUCUCCCAUUAACUCUCCCUCCUGAGUUAGUGCCGCCUUCUUUGAGGUGCAUAACACAAGAAGUGGAAAAAGUGUUGAAAAAAUUAAUUGUGUUCUGCCAACAUACCAGAGAAUGCAAGAAGAAGAACCUCCCCAAAAAGCUCCAGUUACAUUUGAGGAUAAGAGGAAAGCAAACUAUGAAAGAGGGAACAUGGAGCUUGAGAAACGACGUCAAGUUCUCUUGGAACAGCAGCAGCGGGAGUUGGAACGUAAAGCUCAGAGAGAAAGAGAAGAGAAAGAGCGAAGAGAAAGAGAGCUACAGGAGCAGGAGCGAAAGAAGCAGCUAGAACUAGAAAGGCACUUGGAAAAACAGCGUGAGCUAGAAAAGCAAAGGGAAGAAGAAAGGAGGAAAGAAAUUGAAAGGCGAGAGGCAGCAAAGCAAGAACUUGAACUGCAACGGCGCCUAGAAUGGGAGAGGAUUCGGCGUCAAGAUCUUCUUAAUCAGCGUAACAGAGAACAAGAAGAAAUUGUCAAGCUGGCCUCUAAGAAGAAGAGUCUUAAUCUUGAUUUAGAUGCAUUGAGUGACAAACACCAGCAGAUUUCUGGAAGAUUGAAAGAUGUGCGAAUUAGAAAGCAAAAUCGAAAAAAUGAUCUGGAUCUUUUGGAAAAGAAAUGUGAUUUGGAAAUUAUUGAAAUCAAGGAACUACAGGAACAGCUUCAGGAACAUCAGAAUAAGUUGAUCCGUUUAAUUCCUGAAAAACAGCAGCUAAAUGAGAAAAUAAAUCAUAUGCAACUUGACAACUCUUCUAAAACAGACCUUAAUUCAGUACACAAAAAGUCUUCCGAGAAAGAAGAAAUAUGCCAAAGACUUAGGGAGCAACUAGAUGCACUAGAAAAAGAGACGGCUUCCAAGCUCUCAGAAAUGGAUGCUUUUAAUAAUCAGCUUAAGUGUGAGACAAUGGAUGCUUCUGUUCUUCAGUGCCUUUUGUGUCUGCUAAGCUGUCUCAACAACCUCUUCCUCUUACUUAAGGAGCUGAGAGAAACCUACAACACACAGCAGUUAGCUCUUGAACAGCUUCACAGGAUCAAACAAGAAAAAGUCCAAGAACUAGAAAGAAAAAGAAAUGAGCUUGUACAGAAAAAAAGAAUGGAGGAUGAGGCUGCACGAAAAGCAAAACGGGAAAAGGAGAACUUGUGGCAGGAGAAUAUCCGGAAGGAAGAAGAAGAGAGAAGAAAGCGAUUACAGGAAGAGCGCAUUCAGGAAAAACUUCAUGAGGAAAAACAAAAAGCUGAGGAGGUAGCUGCACAACAGAGAGAGGCCCAGCAGCAAAAACUGACAGAAGACCAGCCUGAAGUGGGGAAAAAGAACAAGGAAGCAGAAAUUCUACAAGAUUCAGAACAACAUAGACAGAAGCAAAAAGAAGAAGAAAGAAGAAGACAGGAGAAGACUGCAAAGGAAGCUGAGGAAAGGCUCAAGCAGUUUGAUGAAGAGAAGAAAAGAAAAGAUUCAGUCAAUCUACAAGAGUCAGAAAAAACUAUUUUUCAAUCAAACCUACAUGAAAAAAAUGUAGACACCCUUAAACAGACAAAGAGUCAAGCCCUUAAGUCACCAUUUAGGCAUGAAGGUCAUGCUGUUAGUGCCUCUGAAUCAGGGAAAUUGGUUGGCUUUGUGAAUUACAAGGCUUUAUAUCCAUUUGAAGCAAGGAAUCAUGAUGAGAUCAGUUUUAAUGCUGGAGAUAUAAUUCAGGUUGCUGAAAAAACUGAAGGAGAACCUGGUUGGUUAUAUGGGAGCUUUCAAGGGCAUUUUGGCUGGUUUCCAAAUAAUUAUGUAGAAAAAAUAUCUGAAAAAGAAAAAUCUGUUUCACCUGCUAAGAAAGCUUUACUUCCUCCAUCAGUAUCUUUACCAACUGCCUCAGUUCUUGUAGAAUCAACUUCACCGAGAAAACUAACAGAAGAAACUGAUUACCAAAAUAUACCUUUCUCGAGCUUAAAUGUUAACUCAUGGCAAAAGAAAUCUGCCUUUACUCGUACAGUAUCUCCAGGAUCUGUUUCUCCCAUUCAUGGACAGGGUCAAGUCGUAGAAAAUUUACAAGCUCAAGCACUUUGUUCCUGGACUGCAAAGAAAGAUAAUCACUUGAACUUUUCAAAAAAUGACAUAAUUACAAUAUUGGAGCAGCAAGAAAAUUGGUGGUUUGGAGAAGUAAAUGGAGGAAGAGGAUGGUUUCCCAAGUCCUAUGUAAAGAUCUUACCUGGAAAUGAAAGUCAAAGGGAAGAACCCGAAGCUGUUUAUGCAGCUGUAAACAAGAAGCUUGCAACAACAUCUUAUACCUUAGGAGAGGAGUAUAUAGCAUUGUAUCCUUACACAAGUUCUGAACCUGGCGAUUUAACAUUCAAUGAAGGUGAAGAAAUUUUAGUCAUUCAGAAAGAUGGAGAAUGGUGGACUGGAAGCAUUGGUGAUAGAACUGGCAUCUUUCCAUCCAACUAUGUCAAACCAAAAGAUCAGGAUAGUUCUGCUACUGUUAGCAAAACAGGGACAUUAAAUAAAAAACCUGAAAUUGCUCAGGUUACCACAGCCUAUACAGCAUCAGGAACAGAACAACUGAGUCUGGCCCCAGGACAGCUGAUACUAAUUUUGAAAAAAAAUUCUAGUGGAUGGUGGCAGGGGGAAUUGCAGGCUAGAGGGAAAAAAAGGCAAAAGGGAUGGUUUCCUGCUACUCAUGUGAAACUUUUGGGUCCAAGCAGUGAAAAGACUACUCUUGCAGCUCUCCCAGUAUGUCAAGUGAUAGCAAUGUAUGACUACUUGGCAAACAAGGAAGAUGAGCUCAGCUUCUCCAAGGGACAGCUUAUUAAUGUACUGAACAAAGAUGACUUAGAUUGGUGGCAAGGGGAAAUCAAUGGCAUCUCAGGCCUCUUUCCUUCAAAUUAUGUGAAGAUGACUACAGAUUCUGAUCCAAGUCAACAGUGGUGUGCGGAUCUCCAAAGCCUUGACACAAUGCAACCCAUGGAAAGGAAAAGACAGGGUUAUAUACAUGAGUUGAUCCAAACAGAGGAAAAAUACAUGGAUGACCUUCAGCUUGUCAUAGAGGUUUUUCAGAAACAAAUGGCUGAAUCAGGCUGCCUUUCAGAAGCUGAAAUGAGAUUAAUCUUUGUCAACUGGAAGGAACUCAUAAUGUCUAAUACAAAGCUACUGAAAGCCCUCCGUGUGCGUAAGAAGACUGGGGGUGAAAAGAUGCCUGUGCAGAUGAUUGGAGACAUCCUGGCUGCUGAACUGUCCCACAUGCAAGCCUACGUCCGCUUCUGCAGCUGCCAACUUAAUGGGGCUGCCUUGUUGCAGCAAAAGACAGAUGAAGAGCCAGAAUUCAAAGAAUUUUUAAAAAAACUGGCUUCAGACCCUCACUGUAAAGGAAUGCCACUCUCCAGUUUCUUGUUGAAACCUAUGCAGAGAAUUACACGCUAUCCACUUCUCAUCAAGAGUAUUCUGGAAAACACUCCUGAAACUCAUCCAGAUCACAGUAACCUGAAGCUGGCCCUUGAGUGUGCUGAAGAACUGUGCUCUCAAGUUAAUGAGGGGGUGCGUGAAAAGGAAAAUUCAGACAGACUAGAGUGGCUACAGUCCCAUGUUCAAUGCGAAGGACUUGUGGAGCAACUGAUUUUCAACUCACUGACCAACUGCUUGGGACCACGAAAACUUUUGCACAGUGGCAAGCUUUACAAGACAAAGAGCAACAAAGAACUCUAUGGCUUCCUCUUCAAUGACUUCCUGCUUCUCACCUACAUGGUCAAGCAGUUUGUCUCUACUGGAUCGGAUAAACUUUUCAGCCCAAAAUCAAAUUCUCAGUUCAAAAUGUAUAAAGGGCCUGUUUUUCUAAAUGAAGUCUUAGUAAAAUUGCCAACUGACCCUUCUAGUGAUGAACCAGUUUUCCACAUCUCCCACAUUGACAGAGUAUACACACUUAAAGCAGACAACAUCAACGAGAGAACUGCCUGGGUCCAGAAAAUUAAAGGAGCAUCUGAACAUUAUAUUGAAACUGAAAAGAAGAAACAUGAAAAGGCUUACCAAGCUCGAACACAGAAGAGUUCAGGAAUAGGACGUUUGAUGGUGCAUGUGAUUGAAGCAACUGAGUUAAAAGCAUGUAAAUCUAAUGGAAAAAGCAAUCCAUACUGUGAAAUCAGCAUGGGAUCACAAUGCUAUACUACAAGAACACUGCCAGAUACUUUGAACCCAAAGUGGAACUUUAACUGCCAAUUCUUCAUCAAGGAUCUUUAUCAAGAUGUGCUGUGUAUCACCAUGUUUGACAGGGAUCAGUUCUCGCCUGAUGAUUUCUUGGGUCGCACCGAAGUUCCAGUAGCCAAAAUCAGAACAGAGCAAGAAAGCAAGGGUCCUACAACGAAACGUUUAUUACUUCAUGAGGUUCCAACUGGAGAGGUCUGGGUGCGCUUUGACCUGCAGUUGUUUGAUCAGAAAACUCUCCUUUGAACUAAAAACCUUUAGUUUUGUUUUGUAACUAUUAGAUCUAACAAAGAGGCCAGACUGCUCUCAUUGCAGUGGAAAAUGUUCUACUAUCAGGCAGACAUCUGAGCGUGAUUCUUGUCACAAAAUCACUUUGCUUGGUCACUUGUCUAGCAUUUCUUUGCUGUGCAUCUUCCUGUCGGUGACAAACUAUGCAAUGUAAAAUGUACUGUAUAUAUGUUAGUUUAGUACACUGCCUUUCCUCAUUGAUGCUGAAAUUUUUGAACACAGAUGCCAAUGUUUUAAAUUUCAGAUCUGCUAAAAGUACUAGGAACCUGCUGUUUAAAAUGUUUUAAGCGUUACUGUUUUGAUUACUGGAGAAUAAUUUUACUCAGGGCUAGAAUAAUUUCCUCUGCAGCCUGGAAAAAAGAAAUAAUCUGCUUGACUGUGAUCUCAGGAUAUUAAUUGUAUGGGACAUAUACUGAAAUCUUAGCACUUUAGCAUCUGUUAACUACUACUGUGUUCGUUUUAGAAAGGUAAACUUCAGUUCUUUAUGGAGAACUGAUAGAAAAGGUUACAGCAGGAAGGCUAAUCCUGCAGGUGAGUUGGGAUGCUCCACAUUUCCAAAGUCGUGUGGGCUCUUGCCAGAUGGGAAGGAAAAAGCUUUGCUUACCCUCCCUCCAAAUGUUUUCAGACCAGUACAAGACUGAUCUGUGUUCCCCAAGUUGGGGGUGUAGUUUGGGGCUGAGUAUGUCCCAGAGCUUCAUAAAUUCCAUCCACAGGAUCCCCCUGAUCUUCUUCAUCAUCAUCAGAAGGGUGCAGAUGUUUCCUGAGGGUCUUGGGGGGUGUUCAAGGUCCCAUCUCACUGCCUCCCUCUGGCCUCAGAGAGGGAGAUCCAAUUUUACCUCUGUCCCUAGUGGAACACUGUCCCAACUUUAAGCUUUCUCCCCCAAAUUUUUUUAUCUAUUUUAUAACCAUUUUCUGAUUAUGAAAAGGAGUAACUAGGUGGUGUUGACUUUAAAUAGGAUGACGUGUCCUGCUAUAAUGUGGAUAUUUUUCACAUUAUUCCCAUAUUUUUUCACAUUAUUUGUAAAAAAUCUGUAAAAAAAAAUCUAGGGUUUUCUUUAAAAUGUGCACCUUUAAAACCUUCCAUAGGCGAAGGCCCCUUAAUAUAGAAAGUAAGUUGCACUUAAGUCUGUAUAGCAGAUUAGAUAAGCUUAUUAAUAUAAUUGUUUAAAGAUCCAUAUAGAAAGAAAAUGAUUUUCUAAAGGGUAUUUUAUUAUGCUGAAUAAAAAAAAUUGUAUGUAAAAGCUAAAGCAAAAGCAAGGCGAUCAUAAUAUAAAUCAUGUUUGUUUGUUACCAGCAUUUCUCAUGAGAUCCUACAGGACUGAAUGUUCAACAAGCCAGGUCUUCCUCUUAAAGCCAAAACAUCAGUCAGAAACGCCUGUGGCAAAAUCCCUGCUAAAAGACCAUGUAAUGCAGCUACUGGUUAUUUUAUGUGCAGUUUCUUAAAAAAACAACAACACUGGGUUUGGGUUUUAAGAGAUGCCAAAAAUAUAUGCAUCUUUUCACUUAUUUCUCUGAUAUUAAGUGUUGCUUUUAACUUAAAACAGCAAGUUGAGUUGUAUCCCUUAAGCGCUAUUUUGCCUAAUAUGUUUUUACAGAAUUGCAGUUUGCAAACCCAACUGAGAGAGGGGAUGUGUGUUGUGUGAUUCAUGUUUCAAAUACUGCUUUUAAAUGAUUUUUGUUUUUAAUCAGAA